AAUCACAUGAUAUUCAUCAGCUGACCAAGACAACGAUGCCUUGCACACAACGCAGCUCGGUCUUUUAGUUAUUUUCCUUAUUCAUUGAUAAAAUAUAAUUUAGAGAUCCAUUUCGUUUUAUUUUGUAUUUGUUUUAGUUCCAGUAUAUAUUCCUUAGCACAUUGCGGGGGUAACUUUAUAUCAGUAAAUUAGCUUUUGAACUGGACAUUUAGCUCACAUGCUAGCGUGUUAUGGGUGGGAGCGGCUGGUAGAAAUACUGUACGUCGUCUUUACAUACAGUGUAAACACAGUUUCAGUGUUUGUUACACAUACUUUAGUUUUGUGAAUAUAUGAUAAUUUGCAAUGGCAUCUAUUCUGGAUCAAUAUGAAGAUUCUCAGAACAUCCGUCAACACAGCCGUGUGUCUGCGGCCAACAUCGGGAUCACUCAUUCAGGGUUUGUGAAUGUAAGGUUGGAGGAAGAGAAACCUAUUUUCAACAAGCAGCGUAUCGAUUUCUCACCUCCCGAAAAAAUCAACCAUUUCUCAGUGUGCAACAACCAGUUAUGCAUGAGUCUGGGGAAAGACACCCUGCUGAGAAUUGAUCUCGGAAAACCUGAUCAGCCAAAUCAGAUUGAACUGGGAAGAAAGGAUGAUAGCAAAGUGCACAAACUUUUCUUAGAUCCUACAGGGUCACAUUUAGUCAUCAGCCUCGCCACAAACGAAUGUGUAUACCUAAACCGAAACACUCAAAAGGUCCGAAGUCUGUCACGAUGGAGAGGUCACCUGAUUGAGAGCAUAGGAUGGAACAAAUUAACAGGCUCUGAGACCAACACCGGGCCGAUUCUGGUCGGCACCAGCCAGGGAAUCAUCUUUGAAGCGGAGAUCUCUGCCUCCGAGGGCUCUCUGUUCAACACUAACCCAGACCAGUACUUCAGACAGGUUCAUUCCCUGGAGGAGGAUGGGAAGCCAGCUCCGGUUUGUUGCCUCGAGGUGGAACGUGGCUUGGAAUCCAAGUACUUCAUUGUUGCGACCACACGGAAACGCCUCUUCCAGUUCGUAGGAAAGCUGGCGGAGGGAUCCGAGCAGCAGGGGUUCAGCUCCAUCUUUGCCCAGAACCAGGAUCUCCUACCCAGCUUCCAGGAGUUUCCAGUCAAUAUGGGCUACAGUGAGAUUACGUUCUACACCUCGAAGCUGCGCAGUUCCCCGAAGGCCUUUGCAUGGAUGAUGGGAAAUGGGGUUUUGUAUGGACAGCUUGACUACGUGCGGCCCGACUCUCUACUCAGUGAUGUUCAAGUGUGGGAAUACACACCAGACAUUGAUCUAAACUUCAUCAAGCCCAUCUCUAUAGUACUCACACAGUUUCACUUCCUGCUCCUGCUCCCAGAUCGCGUCAAGGGUAUCUGCACUCUGAAUGGGCAGGUAGUGCACGAAGAUGUGUUUCCAGAGAAGUUCGGCACGCUAAAAAAGAUGAUCAAAGAUCCCAUCACUGGGCUCGUGUGGAUCUACACCGAGAAAGCUGUGUUUCGCUACCACAUCCAGAGGGAGGCGCGGGACGUUUGGCAGAUGUACAUGAGCAUGAAUAAGUUUGACCUGGCCAAAGAGUACUGCAAAGACCGCCCAGAAUGCCUAGAUAUGGUGCUCGCCAAAGAGGCCGAGCACUGCUUCCAGAACAAGCGCUACAUGGAGAGCGCCAAAUGCUAUGCUCUCACUCAGAACUACUUUGAAGAGAUUGCGCUGAGGUUCAUCGAGGCCAAGCAGGAGGAGGCCUUGAAAGAGUUUCUGAUUAAGAAGCUGAGCAACUUCAAGCCCACAGAGAAGACUCAGAUCACCCUGCUGGUCACCUGGCUGACAGAACUCUAUCUCAACCAGCUUGGUCAACUGGAGGCCGAUGACGGCAAACAACACCUCUUCCUGGAGACCCGCGAAGAGUUCCGCACCUUUCUUAAAAGCCCCAAACACAAAGAGUGCUUCUACAACAAUCGCAACACCAUCUACGACCUGCUCGCUAGUCACGGCGACGUGGACAACAUGGUGUAUUUCUCGGUCAUCAUGCAAGAUUAUGAACGCGUUAUAUCUCAUUACUGCCAGCAUGACGACUACAGCGCAGCUUUAGAUGUUCUCUCCAAACACUGCGACGACAAGCUCUUCUACAAGUUCUCCCCGGUCCUCAUGCAGCACAUCCCCAAAAAGGUGGUCGAUGCAUGGAUUCAGAUGGGAAAUCGGUUGGAUCCCAAGAAUCUGAUCCCAGCACUGGUGAACUACAGCCAGAUGGGCAGUAUGCAGCAGAUAAACGAGACCAUCCGGUACAUGGAGUUCUGUGUUUAUGAGCUGGAUGUCAAAGACGAAGCCAUUCACAAUUACUUGCUCUCGCUUUAUGCCAAACACAAGCCAGAUUCUCUGUUGUGGUACCUCGAACAAGCAGGAACGCAUGUCUCCGACAUCCACUAUGACUUGAAAUAUGCCUUGCGCCUUUGUGCCGAACAUGGGUACCUGCAGGCCUGUGUCUUGGUGUACAAGAUUAUGGAGCUGUAUGAGGAAGCUGUGGAUCUAGCUCUACAGGUGGAUGUAGAUUUGGCCAAGUCUUGCGCCGACCUUCCAGAGGACGACGAGGAGUUGAGGAAGAAGCUGUGGCUGAAGAUUGCUCGUCAUGUGGUUCAGGAGGAGAAAGAUGUCAAGAAGGCCAUGAACUGUCUGUCCAGUUGCAACCUUCUUAAGAUUGAGGACAUCUUGCCUUUCUUUCCAGAUUUUGUUACGAUAGACCACUUCAAGGAGGCUAUUUGCAACUCCCUGGAAGAGUACAACCAACACAUUGAGGAGCUGAAACAAGAAAUGGAGGAGGCCACGGAAAGUGCCAAACGCAUCCGUGAAGACAUCCAGGAGAUGAGGAACAAGUACGGCGUGGUGGAGUCUCAGGAAAAAUGUGCCACUUGUGAUUUCCCAUUGCUCAACCGACCUUUCUAUCUCUUCCUUUGUGGGCACAUGUUCCAUUAUGAUUGCCUUUUACAGGAAGUCAUCCCUCACCUCUCUUCCUAUAAGCAGAAUAAAUUGGAGGAGCUACAGAAGAAGCUGGCAGCGACCACGCAGACCACCAAAUCCAGGCACAGGCCCAGAGAGGAGGAUACGGUCAGCUUAGGCAAGGGUCAAGGAAGCAGAGAGCAGAUCAAGUCAGACAUUGAUGACAUCAUAGCGUGUGAGUGUGUCUACUGUGGAGAGCUAAUGAUCAAAUCCAUUGACAAGCCUUUCAUAGAUCCACAGAAGUUUGAUCAAGAGAUGUCCAGCUGGCUCUGAAGGACACACUUCUCCAUGAGUUCUUUUGAGGGCUGCUGUUGAUCAUUGUACAUAUGCUGAAAGUUUAAGUGUUUGUGCAUUGUGAAAGUAGUAAUUUGUUUAGAAUGUUAUAUGCUACAUGCUGAAUUAAUGAGCAUUAACAUGAUUCUGUUAACAGAUAUGUACUUUACAAACGGUCUUCUUUGAUUUUAUGUUGCUUAGUCACUUCAAAAUUUAAUAUGCACUUCAUUUUGCAUUAUGAGUAAUGUGAAUAAUAUCUUUCUUUUUUUUAAUGUAUGCAGCAAAAAAUAAUAAAUGAUUGCUAUUUGACCAGA